ACGAGGUCGAGUACAAACGGAGAGUUGCGAGUUCAGCCCAUUAACCAUGUCUGCUGUUUCUUUCAGCAAGAAGAAUCGAAACCAGGUCGUUAGAGUUUAGCCGUAGUUUGUGUUCAAGCUACAGUAAUUGUUUCUUUUACGGGCUGUUGGCUAAGAACUGGACAACGAGGCGAGUUGAUAGUCAUGACCAUUGAAGUCCGCACGCCUACUGAGCAUAUGUCCGCCGGAGAAAGAAAUAACGAAAACGGCAUGUGCCCUCACGAUCGUCGAUCUUCCAUGGAGAGUCCUAAACAGUCGUCAUUUCUCAUCCGAGAUAUUCUGAGCGAAACGUCCGACACGAGAUAUGGUUUGGUUCAGAAAGAACACGAGAAGAAUGAUAUUUCAACAGAUUUAUCCGACUUUAGUGAAUGUAAGCCUGACUUAACUCAAGAAAUAAUGGCAGACAGUCGUGUUAAGCCUAAUUACCCUCUAGUUGAUUAUGACGAAAACCGUGGAGGGAACACGGGAACCGAUGAAGAAGAUAUAGUGACAGGUGAAGACGGUCAGGAUAACGAAAGAAACACGAAUUGUUCUUUUAGAAGUAAGAAACAGAGAAAAGCUAGAACAGCUUUCACUGAUCAUCAACUACAGACCUUAGAGAAGUGUUUUGAACGACAAAAAUACCUGAGUGUCCAAGAACGGAUGGAACUAGCUUCAAAGUUAAACCUAACAGACACGCAAGUCAAGACUUGGUACCAGAACAGAAGAACGAAAUGGAAGAGACAAACUGCUGUGGGGUUGGAGUUGCUUGCAGAAGCCGGCAAUUAUGCAGCUGUCCAAAGGAUGGUACAAACAACACCAUAUUGGCUGUCUAAGUUCACCUCUUCCUCACCACAUCCACCUUUAGGGAGCCUGACAAGCCUGGACCUUUACUACAAGCAGUCCGCUGCUGGACUACUCAAGCCUCUUCCUUUCAAGUUGUAUCCUCCUUCCAUGAGCUGGCUGCCAUCACCUAGCAAUGUUGUUCCUCUAUCUGCGACGUCCCGAGAGACCUCCGAGAAGACCCUACUCAGCCAGCCAGCUCCGUCUAGCUCCUAUGCACACUUGAAAGAACUUUCUUGGCCGUCACUGUAGGCAAUAUUGGUAAAUAUAACCAGCGGGGAAUCAAAGUUGUUAAGUAGAGUUGAAUAGUAAUAUCAGUUGGUGAUUUUUAUAUCGUGAAUGUUUCGCUCUUUGGUCUAAGAUUAGCAGUGAUUUAGAUAGUUGAAAUUGACAAAUAUACAAGCCCUUUGCUGUAUAGUAUUGUACGUGGAAUCGUAAAACGAUAUGUCACAUCGAAGAACGUUAUAAAGUUAAACUUACCUUAAAUCAAUAAUUAAUAACAGUAAAUUAAUGCAGAAAAAAUUAUUUAGAGGAGUUUUUCAGUGCAGUAAAAACGUUGGGCUUUAAAAAGUACUGUGAUAAAAAAAUUAAAUCAUAAUGGCAGGACAAUUCAACUUCUCUGAGAAACGCUGCCACAAAAAGCAGUGAUAACAUAUACUUUCCAGAUUAUGACCAGUUUUGCUGACUCAGUAUCCAUUUUCGUAAAAGUUCCUGUUUUUUGUGAUGUCUAAAUACAUUGUGUUUGGAAUCUGAAAGUGUUUUAAAGAUUCAGUUUACAAAUUUUGGCUACUGGCUUAGAUAAAAUGUUAAGUAUCCUUUAAUAUUCAGGCAUAUUAAAAAACGAGAGAAAGUGGUCUAAAGAUACUGACAUUACGUAUGGAUUGAAAACGAUUAAAGAUUUGAUCCACAAAGCGUAAGAGCUUAAAGUACUUGAAGUUUAGUUAUUUUCCAUGGACUAAUAAAAAUGGCUGAAUAUUCAAAGGCAGAUUAGCAAUAAAAAGUGCAUAUUGUUUCAAAUACAUAGACGUAACAAAUGGUUCAAAAGGUUUCUGAAGUUAUAAAAUAGGCCCAAGUCCUAAAUGUUGUUGAUGUAUUAGAAAUGUUUUCCAGAUUCAUAUGUAGAUAAUGAAUUAAGAAUUGUCUGAAAAUUCGGGCAUAGCCUGGGUACCAGAGUAUAAAAAAUAGCCUAAAUGAUAAAAUACAACUAAAGGUUUAAAGAGGUCGAAAAUUUAAAUUUAAUAAAGUAACAUGAAUAUUAAGAUUUUUUUUUCAAUAAUUAAUGUAGAACCGGCGCUAAAGGAGGGGGGGGGGGCUUGAGAUUUGUUCCUCCCUAAGGUAAUGCCGUCCAUUAAUGUAAUUGUUCAUAUAUUUUCGAUGUAGCCUCAUUAUAUAUACCCUUUUCCACUCCCUCCAUUUAAGAAAAUCUUGAGCCGGGGCUAUUAAGAAUCACGUGCAGAACAAGUGUUCCGUAGUUGCCGGACGAUUAACAAGGAUGACAUAGGUUAGAGGGUUGAAAAUGGCCUGACGGUUGAAAUGUAGUUCAUGAAUUACAACUGGUUAAGGGAAUGUGAAACAAUUUUAGGAUUAGACAUGGCGUAAAGAUUCUGAUAGCAUUAAAAUAUUCACGAAGUUUUACCAGAACCUCUUAUUGAGCGAGAGGUCAUUGAGACGACUUACCUUCUUAGCAACAUCCAAGGGCAGAGUCACGGUGGUGAGGGGAAGUAUAGGAAAUCAUAUAGUUGUGAUAAAAAUCUUUAGCAGGUUUUGACAUGAAGGCUAGGCUAUUCGAAGCAACUAUAAUGUAAAAGAUGAAAUCUGGAUUAUGUUGCAGGCCAACCGAAAAUUUUAAAUUAUUUUAGAUUUUUAAUAGUGAUUUGAAAAGAAUAUUAAUAAAUAGGACCACUAAAUUGAACAAGAAGAAAGAACUGGUAUAAUUUACAAGACCACUCUGAAUUAUGCGAUAGAAGAUUUAGACGAAUGCUAAUAUACUAAAGGUUUUUAUAACUGGAAAUAGCAAAACGUCUAAACUAUUCAGUCAAAUUUAAGUUAAUAAUAAGUUAUAAACAAUGAAAAAGUUAUGUUAUAUACUGGAUACUACGCUAUAUUGAGUGCACACUUAAAUAUUUUUAUCUCAUCUAUGCCGUCCGUUUGUUACUUGGAUAUACACAUUUGAUUAUGUAUGCUCUUUAGUAUACUAUUCUGUGAUUAACAGGAAUUUGAAGUAAGAAAUUGAUCACAUUGUUCAAACAAUGAUAUCUGGCGGAUUCUCGUUAACUGUUAUUUUUCUAUGUAUGAUUGUAUAUAUAUAUAAAAUAUAAUGAGUAUAUAGUGUUAAUGUUCCAGUCGGGAUAACUUCAACAAUGUCGCUGAGGUUUCUUGGCUAUUUCUGUAAAUAACUUUGAAUGAUGUGUAAAAUAUUUUCUUAUUUUUAAAAGAUGAAUGUUCAGUUAUUUGUAAGUCUUCAUGUUUUGUUCAGCACUAAUUGAACGAGAAUAUUACAGUUAUUACGUAGACCAAACAAAUGCAGUUAUUUUUGUGAACACAAGUUAACAUUAAUUUUUUACAUGAUAUCAUUUCUUAUAUUUCUUUUAUGUUGUAAAAAGUGAAGCACUGUUAAUGGAAAUUC